UGUUGGAUUAUCGUCACUUUGCCUUUCAUUCAUCAACAAUAUGUCUUACUUUGGUGCCAACAUGCAACAGCAAGCGGUGAAUCCGCAAAACAUUGCCAUGGCUGAACAGGAACUCGAAAUGGUCACUGAUUUGUUCAACCGUAUUGCCGAUUCGUGCUACAGCAAAUGCAUCAGCAAGGACUACGAGACUGGUGACCUUACUCAAGGCGAAGCUGUCUGCAUUGAUCGCUGCGUUGCCAAGUUCAUCGACGUCAACACCAAGGUCGGCGAGAAGAUGCAACAAAUGGGACAACAACCUCAAUAGAAUACCCCAUUGUAUUUUCACUUCCCCUUUUUUUUCUUCUUCCUUCUUUUUUCUUUCCUCAACCGUUUACUGUGAAUCUUGCACCUAUCAUUCACCUGUCGAGUUUAUGUAAAAAUACACCAUGCGAAUAGAUGUUUUAUGUGUUUUUUCUGAUAGACAAAUAUUUUGACCAUA